CCUGACGACUCUAUUAAAUAUUUGCCUGUUGUAUUUACACACGUGUUGCUCUUUGUUCAGGGCUUUAUUGUCGAAGCUGUCUUUUCUAAACACAUUCAAAUUCCCCGCAGGAAUUUAAGACUUAUAAUUCCAGCGAUAUAUACAUAUUUAUAUUAAAAACGAAAUAUUUUCCAGUUAGAUUUCAGCAAGUGAAGAGAAGCUAAGGAGCAGCGCCAGCGUCCAAUGAUUCAGUUGAGCGCUGUAUCAUAACACUGUGUAUGUAUUCCUGAAGCCUACCGUCCCGCAUCGCACUUUCUAUCACCCAGAAAUUGGGAAGGACACUUGAAAUGUACAGGAGUUGAACCCUUGGCAGACAGACACUUGUAACUAAUUAAGUGUUCCGACUGCUGCAGCUGAGUGUAUAAUUUACAGCCCAUCCAAGCGCAGCGAGGUCUGUGAAUAAAAAAUCUUGUUUUUAUCUUCAUCGACAUCUCAAAAGUGAGUUUUUCGUUUUUACGUAGCUGCGCCUUUGCCGCGAUUCCCUCAGUUAUGGUGCGAAAUCAUCAUCGUGUGUGUAGUAGUCGUGUAUCUGCGUGUCACUCAUACAACAAGUUCUCUAACAUGAUGAUGUAGUGAUGCUGCGCGUUUUCUGCCGUGGUUUCGCUCCCGCUAAGCUCGCUAGCCGCUGCCUGGCCAACCCCCCGCAGACGCCGGGCGGGGAGCACAACAACCCCGCUGACGCACAGCGCGGCUGUGCAGCGGGCCGCAGAGGGGCUGGGCCGCUCCGCCAUCGCCGCGAGUCGCCGGCGUCUCUCGCACCGCACAUCCCUGCUGUGUGGAGGUGAACGCGCUCGGGGGCCUUUCCACACCGCCGGGGAAAGGAGGUGAGAACGGUGCGGAGCGGAGCGCUGCGCAUCGCCGGGGAAACCAACAACAAGAAGAAGCCAGCCAGGCAGGCUGCUUCGGUUCAGUCGCUCGCUCGCUGUCGUUUCCGUGCUUUCGGCGCGGGAUCACCCUGCUCCCCCCAGCAGAACCCACCCGGCCGGGCCUGUUUAUCUGCAGAAUGCGUUAUCAUUCCAGGACCAGGGGCACGGCGGCGGAGAGCAUCUAACGCCGGGCGGCGCUUCUCGGUGACACAUGUGCGACUCCUGCGUCCCCGCCGGCCGCCUCGCUGGACGCCAGGCUCCUUCCUCCCCGAGCGACGCGUAGACGGACGGCAUCGUCGUCGUUCCGCGGCGGCAGCGAGGGGAAGGUGAGGCCACAUGAUGACGGGCCACGGAGAUGUUUGCCCCCACCUGGACUCCAUAGGGGAGGUGACCAAGGAGGAACUGCUGACCAAAUCCAAAGGAGCAUGCCAGUCAUGUGGAGCAGGGGGUCCCAACCUUUGGGCUUGUCUGCAGAAGGACUGUCCUUACGUAGGCUGUGGAGAGUCAUAUUCGGAUCACAGCACCUUGCACUCACAGGUUAAAAAGCACAACCUGACCGUGAACCUGACAACCUUCAGGAUCUGGUGCUAUGUGUGCGAGAGGGAGGUGUUCCUAGAACAGAGGCCUGUGAUGCCUGUGCCUGCCUAUCACCACUGCAAGUCCCCAGAGCAGGAAUCAGUGCCUCACACAGGAAGUCACCCUCUGAAGCCUGUGCCAAUAGCUGUGGCAGACGACGAGGAAUCAGAGUCGGAGGAAGAUGAGUUAAAACCACGAGGGCUUACUGGAAUGAAGAAUAUUGGCAACUCGUGUUACAUGAAUGCUGCCCUUCAAGCUCUGUCCAACUGCCCACCGUUGACCCAGUUUUUCUUGGACUGCGGCGGUCUGGUUCGUACGGACAAGAAGCCUGCGCUGUGUAAAAGCUACCAGAAACUCAUCACUGAACUGUGGCACAAGAAAAGGCCCAGUUAUGUGGUCCCAACAAGUCUGGCUCAUGGAAUCAAGCUGGUGAACCCCAUGUUCCGAGGCUACGCCCAACAGGACACCCAGGAGUUCCUGCGCUGUCUGAUGGAUCAACUCCAUGAGGAGCUAAAGGAACCCCUUCCGGAGAUUGGCGUAGGUGAUGCAUGCGAGGGAGAUGAAAGGCGGGAUGGCGACCGCAGUCCAUCGGAGGAUGAGUUCCUGUCCUGUGACUCGGGCUCCAGCAGUGACCGAGGCGAGGGGGCUGAGGGUCGCAACCUUGGUGAGGCCGAGUUGCUUAUACAGGAUGAGUGCACCAGUCGGCCUGGGGCUGGGGGUAUUUCGGAAAAAGAACGGCUGAAGGAGCGGAGGGUUUCAGGCUCUCCGCUACGCUGUGGAUCCCAGGAGAUGGAUGAAGAUGCAGAUGUGGACACGGCAGCCGAUGAUGGUGGUCAUACCCGGAGCCCUGAGGAGGAAGGCGGGAUGCCUUCAAAUACUGCACAAAACCGCAGCCAGAGCACCCCAGAGCCCGACAAUGAGUCCUCCAUGCACUGCACCUCCUCUCGCCCAUGCAGUCCCACACACAUCGUGCAGGAGCUGCAUCCCAAACUGUCCAGCAGCCCCCAGCGCUGCAGUCCCCUGAGGUCUGCAGGGGCAGCCUACUCUCUCAAGAAAGCCCAGCUUUUACCUGGCGCCAAAAAAAAGAAACAGUGGCGGUACCACAGCGUGAUCUCGGACACCUUUGACGGCUCCAUCCUCAGCUUGGUACAGUGCCUGACUUGCGACAGGGUGUCCACCACUGUGGAGAUGUUUCAGGACCUGUCCCUUCCAAUCCCAGGGAAGGAGGAUUUGGCCAAGCUUCACUCCUCUAUCCACCAGAACCUCCCUGCCAAGACAGGGGUCUAUGCUGACAGCUAUGCGUCACAGGGCUGGAUCUCAUACAUCAUGGACUCCAUUCGUAGGUUUGUGGUAUCCUGCAUCCCCAGCUGGUUUUGGGGCCCUGUAGUCACGUUGGAGGACUGUCUUGCUGCCUUCUUUGCUGCUGAUGAACUGAAAGGAGACAAUAUGUACAGCUGUGAAAGAUGUAAAAAAUUGAGAAAUGGUGUUAAAUACUGCAAGGUUCUUCGGCUACCCGAGAUUUUGUGUGUACACUUGAAGCGCUUUCGGCACGAAGUCAUGUACUCGUUCAAGAUCAACAGUCAUGUGUCAUUCCCACUCGAGGGACUGGACCUCCGGCCUUUUUUGGCCAAAGAGAGCCCAUCCCAGAUCACAACUUAUGACCUCCUUUCUGUGAUUUGUCACCAUGGUACUGCAGCAAGUGGACAUUACAUAGCCUACUGUCAGAAUGUUAUCAACGGUCAGUGGUACGAGUUUGACGACCAGUAUGUUACCGAGGUACACGAGACGGUGGUGCAGAAUGCGGAGGCCUAUGUGCUCUUCUACAGGAAGAGCAGCGAGGAGUCUGUGAGGGAGAGGCAGAAGGUGGUGGCACUAGCAAAUCUGAAGGAGCCCAGCCUGCUACAGUUCUACAUCUCCAGAGAGUGGCUCAACAAAUUCAACACCUUCACGGAGCCGGGGCCCAUCACCAACCACACCUUUCUGUGCCAGCAUGGAGGAAUUCCACCUAACAAAUACCAUUAUAUUGAUGACCUGGUGGUCAUUCUGCCUCAGAAUGUGUGGGAAUACCUCUACAACAGGUUUGGAGGUGGUCCAGCUGUGAAUCACCUGUACUUGUGCUCCAUCUGUCAGGUGGAAAUUGAUACCUUGGCUAAGCGCAGGAAGGUGGAAAUUGACACUUUUAUUAAGCUGAAUAAAGAAUUCCAGGCUGAGGAGGCUCCAACCGUUAUUCUGUGCAUAAGCAUGCAGUGGUUCCGUGAAUGGGAGAGCUUUGUAAAGGGCAAGGACAACGAGCCUCCAGGUCCAAUUGACAACAGCAAGAUUGCCGUUAUGAAAGGAGGCCACAUACAGCUCAAACAAGGGGCGGACUAUGGCCAGAUAUCUGAAGAGACGUGGCAGUACCUGCUGAGCAUCUAUAGUGGAGGCCCCGAGAUUGCUGUGCGGCAGACGGUGGCUCCAGCUGACGUUGACGCACUCCAUGGCGAGCAGAAGAUCGAGGCAGAAACCAGAGCACUCUAAGGCGUAGUGGUAGAUAAGAUGUGCCCUAAACUUCACGGGGACAGGUGGUACCAACUUUACACCAUGUUGCAAGCACAUUGUAAUGUACUGGUGUGUCACUUUAUUACCUGUUUAUGAAGACAUAGUGAUAAUUAUAAGUGUAGAGGUACUAUUUAUUGAAUUAUGUGAAAUGAGUAAGGUUUAACAGCAACCCUCCAGGCCUUUCAGGGAGUGGUAAGGCAGACAACUGCUGCAAUGGAUGUCGUGUUUUGAUGGUAUCAUCUGCAGAUGCCCACUCAAGCAAACACUUCGGCUGCACAUUUGUGGCAGGGUGGGGUGAUGUGGGGAGCAGCCUGAGCACUAGGUGCUUCUUGACAGCUGUGUUCGCUUUGCAGAGAUCUUCACCUUAAGAAGCACGCAUACAAACCAACGAAAUUCCCGUUUGAAAAUGAACUUUUGAAUGUUUUACGCGAUGAUCCUUUUUACCUGAUGGAUUGUAAUUGGGAGGGAAAAUAGAUUCAGUCCCCACAAUAUUGCUUUCGAGCUUUGUGAUGCAUUGCGUAUGUUUUAUGUCUCUGUAUUGUUUAAUAGAAAAACAAAAUAGAACCAUUCAUCCCUUGAAACAAGAGGUAGCCAUUACCAUGAGCAAGGAAGUGCUGUUCAGAUGCAUUCAUCAGUCAUCUGACUCUGAAUUUCAUUUCCAUUCAUACUCUUGCACAUUAAUUUUGCUUCCACAAUGACAGCCACGCAGGGAUUAAAAAAAAUGCAUUAUUGCUUCCUAAUUGUGAAACUUUUGUGGAGCUGCUACUUGUACUCUACGGCAAUACGCACAGCUUGUUGUAUAUUUACUCUCCUUUCAUCCUCUAAUGCUUGAAGGUAAAUGUUUGCGUAUUUUCAUUUUGAAGGUUAACAACCCUUUUACUCUCUCUGUCACAAGAAGCUUUAGAGUGGAGUAUAAAGGUUUCAUGUUGGGCUGUGUGUCGCUGGGACUGCAGGCUGCUGGAAAAGCAGUCCCAGUUAUGCACUGGCCAGUUGGCUGCCUCCUCCUGUGAUGCAUGACUCCAAACUCCACACUGCAGCUGGGGUCUAGCCAAAAUUGCAGCAGUGUUCACUAAUUUGUUUUUGCUUUAAUGUAAAUUUGCGAAUGCUGGAAUGCUGAACAGUUCCUGCAGUUUUUCAGUUUAUUUUCUGUCCUGGAAUUUUCCACCUAGUAUGUAAUUAUUGUUUCUAGUAUCUAUCAGGAAAAAAUUCUUGAGUUCAUUGUACUCAUUAUUUAGCAGUGCUUGCAAUCGUCCUUUCAUCAGUAUGUGUUUCCCUAAGACAAAGCGGUUAUGUUUACACUGCAGAUGAGCUAUUAGUGUGCUCAAAAAUGCUCCUUGUGGCCUUUUCACAGUGGAUUCUUUUCUAAAACCCUAUUCUAGAACUUUUUUCUUUCAAAUUUUCCUCUUUCAGUAAUAUGUGUUAGUUUGGAUUCACCAGGUGUGAAAAACUGAGGUGCGAGGCUUGACAUCAUUAUUAAGCUCCUGGUUUCUUGCUGCUGCAGCCAUAGUACAAGUGCAGUAGUUAAACAAAAAAUGAUCAAUAGCUGUUUUAUGGUUCUUACAACUGGCAUUAAAUCUAAUCUAAAACAAGUAUAAAUGGGGAGAACAUUUAUUUAUUAUAAUUAAGAAUAAAUAUAACAUGUAUGUUUUGAUUUUUUUUUUUUGGAGAAUUCUCUGUAUUUUUGUUACUUGUUGGUUUUUAUCCUGUGUGUGGCUUUUUUCUUGACUAAAUUAGCUUGUUAAAGGUUAUAGAUCAGUCUCUACUCUGUUGGCACUAAAAGUGACCUUGUAUUUAUUUCCAUGAGUAAAUUAAUAAUGAACAGGCAUCUUAAGAUUUGUAUGCUUGUUUAUUACAUUUUUCCACAUUAUAAGAGACAGAAAGCAAAUGAGGUGGUGGGGGGGGGGCUUGGUAAAAGCAGCGCUGUCUUAGACAAAGUUCGUAAAAUUCACUUUGAACUUUUUGCAGUGCCCCUCUUUGCAUGUUUGCACAGCUCACAGUUUUGCGGUUUUGUGAUGGUGGUGCGUAAAGAGUCUUUACACAGUUGUAUCAGUAAUCUGAUAAAGAUCUGAUGUCAGGCUGUGUUUGUCCUUGACCUCCUUCGCAACUCAGUUUAUAAUCCUUCACAUAAGUGUGUUCAAGUCAGAUUUGUUAUUUAUUUGAUAAUUACUUAAUUUAAUAAUUAUGGAAAUAAUUACAUGAAGUAAAAAGAGGGAUAACAUUUGUUUGAAUCAAGACAGUCUGCCAAUGCCUGCUGUCAAAUGUACUGCUGAGAAUGGUACGCUUGCCAUCUAAGAAUAGUGAAUGAUAAUUUGUUUUUGAUAAAUUGAGCACAAAAGGCAUUUUGGUCUUGAGUAGAUUAGCACGAUACAUAAAGAGUUUAGGUAGUGGUGGAUUCAUAUACUCUCUUCUGCAAAUUUUAAAGAUUAGACUACAGAUAUAAGUGAUGUUUAUUUUAUGAAGGAAAAAGUCCACCAUUCAGAUGAGUGUUGUUCAGUGGCAGAUUGAAUAGAGCUGCUGUUUGAAAAACACUCUUGGCUUCUUCAUUCAGACAAGCCUUUGGGAUGUUUUGAAGGGAUGAGAAGUUUGAAUGAACCCUCAUGUUUAAACAGUCUCAUAUUCUCAGUAAACAGGAAACUGAAAAAUGAAAGUCAGACUCAUUCUGUAGGUCAAAGCCCACUUUACUCCAACUUUGUUGAAGGGUGCUGGUGUCUUGGGAGAUGCAAUGUAACUAUGAAUCUUGAAAAACUGAUAAAAGAAUGUGGUUUAACAUUUAGGUAUCUCCAUAAGUAAGCUGUUUGAGUUAUUGUAUUAAUAUGCAAAAGCUGCUUGUGUAAUCACAGCAGUGUCUCUAAAAAUUGUGAUAAAGUAUGUGGCUCAAACUGUGAUGGAAGACCUUGUUGCCGACCUUUGAUGGAUUGCUGUUUCAGUUUAGGUGACACAAAAAGAAACCAGGAAAUUAGCAGUGCUGUGAACAGCAUUUGAAGAGAGAACACUGGGAAAGACUUUUUAAAGGACACCAAUGAAAGUAAUUUUCUUCAUCUGCAGAUGUUCUACUUGUUACAUUUUGCAUCUGGAAAUGGGUGUAAAACAGCACUCUUUGUGGAGAAAACACUUGCUGUAGUCAUGUAUUAAUUCCUGUUAUAUGGAGCAAUUCUCUUGAAAAUGGCCUUUUAUUAGAUUGUCAAGUCUAACUAGGAAAUCUGUAUUGAAGAACCUACUGCAUGUAGCUGUAACGUUUGUGUUUGGAUAGAUGCGGAAUUGUUUGUUACGGUUCUGGUCAGUGCUUCUCUGUAUUAUUGGGUCACAAAAAAUAAGCAACGGAAAAUAAGACGACAAGAAUAAAUUUGACGUGCGUAUGUUCAUUAAGUCCUCGGUUCUCAUUGUAUGUGUUCAAGAGUGGUUUUGCUACUCUUAUGAGCAAUUUUUCCAGUGGUGUUUAAGUGCAAUACAAAAAUGAAGCUUGAAGUACACAAAGGAUGGGGUGGCACAGCAGGUAGCACUAGUGCCUCAACUCCUGGACUAGGGAUUUGGGAACCAAUUUAAUCCAUCUCAGUCUGUGAAGUUUAGUUGUUGUUGUUUUUGUAUGUUUUUCCUCCAGGUACCCUGGU